AUGUCUGGCCCCUUCCGCUUCCAGCAAGAGGAAGCCAGGUCGCCGCUGUACGUACCGCCUCUGCACGCGCAUGUCGCCUGCUGUCCUGAACUGACUCGUGUUAGCGAUCGGACCGCGUCGCCCUUCUCCGCCGGCCAGCCUGUGUCGUUCAAGACCAAUGUCAACCGUGCCAAAACGAAGAAAUGGGUACAGGCGAAGAAGAACGCCUACGACGGCGACGAUUGGGGCGGCUACGACGAGUACGACGAAUACGGCGUCAACCAGGAGCCCGAGCAGCCACAGCCUCUGGCGCAGCGUUACUAUGCCCAGCGGACGGAGCAACCAUCGCGCAGCUUCACCGACCCCUCCCAGCAGGCGCCCCUCCCACGACCCCGAAGAAAUUCCUUCGAGCACGGCGAGGAACAGCGCGCCUUCUCCUCAACAAUACCGCAACCCCAACAUGGACACGGCCACGAGCAUGAGCAGGGCUACUCUGCCAUACCCCCGCCUCUCCAGACUCGCAUAUCGCAGGUCCCUGCCGAUUUCACCUCGCCGCUCAACACACAGUUUCCCCCGCGCAAGAGUAGCAUAGGCCAGGGAGACAUGCCAAUGUCUACUUCGCCACGAUCACGCAAUGGCAGUCAGGCAUCUGACAAGCCGCUACCCUUCAUCAGACCAGCCGACAUAUACAAGCGGCACCAAGAGGAGCGGGAGCGGGCGUCAAUGGAAUCAUCGCGACCAAGCCUGGACUCUCUUUCUUCUCCGAUACAGGACAACGUGGUCUCUCCUCAAGAAGGCGGGCGAUCGCUGCAGCCUAUGGAAACCGUCGCUGAGCGCAAGAGCGAGUAUCUGCCUGAUUAUGAUGCAGCAGCCCCGCACGACAAACAACAACCCCAGCAAAAUCAAUCCCUUGCGUCACCACAGGAUGACAAGGGUCUGCGCUCUGUUGUUGAUCAGGCAUUUACUCGCGCUGACGAAUCGCGUUCCGUUCCGCCAACGCCCAUAUCAAACGACAACGAUUCAACUUCAGACCUUCUGAGGAGCAAUACUGGAAGCACUUCCGGAAUCAGCCCAAUCAUGAGCCGCGUGCCCAGUUCAGCAGCCUCAGCACUGAGAAACCGUGAUCAAGCAGAAAGCACCACACCCGCCAUCGCAGAAGAACCAAGUGAAGUCACGACGCCCGUUACCCAGCCAACCUCUGCGAAGAUCGUCGAGCCCAUACACCACGUUCCACGAAAACCGUCCCCAGGUCACAAUCGCAACUUCUCCAACUCUUCUCUACCGCGCAGCGGCCUCGCUACGCCCACACGCGGUGACAGUCCUGCACGAUCCCCUAUCUUAGCACCGAGCAGAGACGUACCCGAACCCUCCUCCGCCCUUGUUACCAUGGAAAGCAACGAAACUCCGGGCGCAAUGGAAGGCGGCCUUAAUGGUCCAUCCCCUGCAUAUGCUACUCGCGAGGCUGAUAUUGCUACUGCUGUCAGGGAUGGUCCAGACAAUGGCGCACCCGGACUGGGCGCUUCAGAGCUUCAAUCACAGAACAACUUCCUCGAGUCGCAUAACGCGCAAAGCCCUCUCGAUGAUGGCUUGCCGCGCGAUCGCUCAGAGUCUCCAAGCAAGGGUCGUGUGCAGGCGUUGGCUGGCAAAUUUGGAGAGGUGGCAUCGUCGAGACGUGGCUCUACACAGUCCAAUCGCUCGAGGAACAGUGUUCAAUCGUGGGAACGGAGCAACGAUAAUUCACGUGCGGCGUCUCCAACGAAAGCUAGCCCUUCGAAACCCAGCAGUCCUGUCAAAGAAUUUCGUCCCCAUCUUCCAGGCCAGUGGGAGUCUUAUGCUACUACCGCUAUGACACCUUCGGAUCUGGGCGAGCAAGACCGUCGAUUAAGUUUCGCGAACAAUGGUCCGAGUGCGCUCAACAAAUCCGAUCUGACGGCUACAACGGAUAAGAAGCCACUUGCCGGGGCAUUGUCGGCAGAGACGGACACUCCGGAUCCGCUCGCCGCUCUUAGAGAUGCUGGAGCUGCAAUGGUCAAUUCUAUCCGCACAACCUUGGGUGCCGAUGACCAAACAUCCGAGACUCAACAGCAGCAAGCACGUCGUACUGACCACGGAAAUAUCUAUUUACCAAGGCCUCUUCAGCUAGAUCGUACUGGCACUUCCGGCUCAAGCGUGCCGCCAACUCCCCCCGCGAAAGACACCCCGGAAUCAGAAUUUCCGCCACCCCCGCCUUUGAAGGAGAGGCCCUCACAGCCCUUCAAGAGUCAGCCUAAACGACCGAGUCUUGAUCCUCAGUUAAGUACUGACCCUUCUGCUGAAGACCAGGAAAGUGACCGUCUUCGCAAGGAGAUUGUCGCCAGUCUCAGCCCUUUCAAGGCUCCAGCGUCGCCGGCCAGCGAGUCUAAUCAAGCCUCGCUCCACCCCGCCAGCCCAGGCACAAAUCGUGCUAGCUCUAUUCUGCCCAGUGAGUAUGAUACCUACUGGGCAGAUGAAGAUCGGGCUUCUCGUCGAUCUUCGCAGGAUACUGAGCGCUAUGCUCAAGAUCAGCCAUCCGAUGCAGCCAUGUCUUUUCUCCCACAAUCGGAAGAACCGACCAAGCCUGUGAUACUCAAUCGAUUUAGCUGGGAGGCAAGCAACCCGCAACCGCAAACACCAGACCAGCAAGCGCACGGUGUAGCCGCUGUUGAGCCUACAAAAGCCUCACAGGCAACGGAGAGUCGCCUUCCCACUGUGGAACGAGCUGCAGAUCAAGAACGACAAGAGUGGUCAGAAGGCCUUCCGGACUCGUACUUUGGCCCAGAGCACACUUUCACGGUUACUAAACCUGACCCUAGUAGUAGCAGUGAUAUGCCGCAACGAUCUGCUUCUCCAACCGUCGAUACUGCGCGCCCCGGAACUAGCCCUGCUCGAGAAGAAACACGCUCCCCGGGACUUCAUGUUGUCAACACAGAGCUCAAUCCCGAAGCCGUGGAUCUCCCACCACGUUUCAGUGCGGAGCAUGAGCAGACUUCGGGACUCGGAGGAUCCAGCUUGAACGAGAAGCAACGGAUAGAGCAGCCUGCGGAACAUCCCGCAAUCGUAACAUCUGACGACGAGCCGAAAACACCCAUUGCCGUACAGGAGGAGCCUUCGCCGAAGUCGCCAAUUACGGACAAGCCUCUGGGCGCUCGAGAAAUAGCAACGCUUAACACUGCUGCUGAGCGAAUUGACACCUACAACAAGACACGCGAGUACUGGGCGACAGUUGAUCAUGGCCUUAAUGACUGGCUACGCUCUGCGCUCGAAGCAAACCCCGAGCUGGCUACGCAGACGUACCCAGUACAGCGUGUGCCUACAAGCUCGGCACGUCACAGGCACACUGGCUCUCUUGCACUGUUUGGCAAGCUUGGUGGUUCGAGUAGCUACGACGUGAGCGCCGACCAAAAUAACAAUGCUAGCGUACCAGUCCCCGCGAGCUCAGGCUCUCCCACUAAUCCUGCAUCAUCUGGUUCAGGAUUUGGCGGACGAAUUGCAAAUCAGCAGAUGCAAUUGAAAGGCAAGGACUUGCUUCAUACUGCUAAUGUGUUAGGAGGGAAAGGCAUGACCAGUGCCAAGGGAUUGUUUGCGAAAGGCAAGAGCCGUUUCGGCCGCGAAAAGGUAGAUAAAUGA